GUUAACAGGCGGUGAGGAGGACCAGGUGAUGGUUCUCUAUAACUCUGGUCUGAGUUUCUCUAAGCGUCUAUAUACCCGUCUGGGUGUCAGCUUUACUCCCGUCCACCUACACCAACCCCUGGAGACCAUCAUGAGACAACCUCUGGUCUAUGUCAGAGACAUGGUGCCUCAUACCUGCUUCCAGGCCAUGUCACGGUUGAGCCUGCUGGUCCAGCUGAGGAAGAUGAAGGACGUUGUCCAGAACAAUCUGUUCCCGUCGGCUGAGAUGGUCCUCUCCAUGACCAAGGAGUUUGGAGUGGUGCACCCUGGGAGGUGGCAGCAGAGGCUGCUGGUAACUCUGAUCCAACCCAUCCAUAUGUAUUCUCAGGCCAACAUUGCGGAGGUGCAGCAGGCCAGUCUUCAGCUGCAGAGGGCCAGACCGGCAGUACUGCUAGCUCCACUGGAUGACGAAAGACACAGCAUUCAGACCACAAUGCAGUCUUUAGGGCAGAGGUGGCCCUACAACCAGCAGUACCACAGCGCUACAGUCGACCCCCAGGAGGUAGAGGCUGAGCGGAAGGCUAGGGAGGCCCAGAGGAGGGCAGCCUGGAGGACCCAUGAUGGCUUCCUCUACCCAGGCUUCAGGAGUUCCAUCGAGGCCAACGAACACCCCAGACACCCCGAUGAGGCCCGCAGGGACGAGCUCAGGAAGCCUUGGAGAGAGAAUGUGCUCCAUGGCAACACCCAGAGACCCACACUGCCUCAGAGAGACAUCCGACCCUGGCUACACCGCUACAAUGACAUGGAGCUCUACAUCACACCCCCACCAGUCUUGAGUCCUGUCCCCCCUGUUACUAUACACCUGGCAGGAGAGUGUCUGCAGAGGGAGCAGCUGCAGGGAGCCCAGUCUCAGUACUACCGCUGGCUGAGGAAGGUGCUGCCUGACGCAGGACACACUCCCGCGCCAAACUGCAGCCACGUGCGAGUCCCACAGUUCAGCUGCCACAUGGGCGGGGCCGACCCAGGGAAGCUGCAUGAUAUACUGAAGGAUCGACCAAUGAAAUACUCCCUCAGGAAACCUGGCCUCACACUCAAGCCCAUGCCGGUACUGUCAGUACUGCAACAACCCCAGCAGGUCUCCAGGUCAGGCCGUAUGGCGGUGGUGAGAGAGGAGAGCUCGUCCUACGCCCCAGGACCGUUCCCGGAACACAGUCUGAGCUGGGAUAAGAAUACCAUCCCCCGACAACCCUCACACUACAACAAGUACCACUUUACGGAGUUCCUGAGGCAGAGGUCGUUCCAGUACAAGAGGUCAGCUCCUCCCCUAACAGACAAAGAGAGGCGUAUCCACGUUUUCCAGAAACACCCAGCCCCCUAUGACACCAGACAAACUGCUGGAACCAGCCAAUCACAGCCAGCCCAGAGCAUCGUAGAGACUCGGACCUAUAGGGAUGUCACCCUGCACAUCAACUGAGGAAAACCCCUUGUGUGAGUCCCAAAUGGCACCCUAUACAGUGCACUACUUUGACCAAACGUUGGUACUGUAUAGGGAAUCGGGUGCCAUUUGAGAUGUAACCUCAGACUGAAACCACACCACUGCACUAUGGAUGACAAAUGUGAAAAAUCAACACUUUAAUAUAAUAAAUGGCCAGUAUGUUCCAACCACCACUGUUCAUUUCAUUACAACCUCUUCAGUAGUGUCAGUAGAAUCAUCAGUACUAAAAGAAGAGCAGCAUCCCAAAUGGCACCCUAUAUGCUAUGUAGUGCACUACUUUUUAUCUGGGAAACAGGGUGCAAUGGGACCCAGGUAAGGUCAUUAUAGUCACUUGUGUGUGUUAUUAUAAAUGGUAUAUACAGUAUUAAAUGAACAUCCCUGGUGAUUUUCUUGAGAGAAUCUGGAACCAAUAGAGCUUCA